CAUUUCUUCUUGGGAUUUCUUACCCUGAAAUAAAAUCCCUAAUUUCAGAAAUGAAGAAACCCCGUAAAACCAAAACUACUUCUCAAAAUUUAUGAUAAAACAGAAAUUUCUGGCAAGGGAAAUUCAAUCAAUGAAAUUGACGAUGGGAACUAUGCCAUUGAACCAUCUCUGCAAGUUCAUAAUUCAAGUACUAAACCUGGUACUACGUGUAUGUUUGUCCAGCCACACACAUGUUCAUAAUUCCACUAGGAACUACAAAAAACAACGAUAGUAAUUCAAGUUCAACACAAAAAAGAACGAACUGUUCCAAUGUGCAAUGAACUACACCAUGGGAACAUACUGACUGCAUUGAGAACUGCUACACUCUCUCAUAUACUCACAUUAGUUUGGAUAUCAUCUUCUGAAACCGUCAUUGAGCCUGCAAAACAAGAGUUCCCAUGUGAAAUGGAGUGCGAUGCAGCUCCACCUGUUCAAAGACAGCUUCUGUUUAGGAAAGCAUUUCCAAAAAGCUUUUGUCCAAUCUCCCCAUACAACAUAUUAGUGACCAAGCCAAAGGUUGAAGCAUCUCCAGCAAACCUGCAACUCCUCAAUUCUUUGAUGAGUUCAGCUGAUGCUGCUUUGUCACCAUUCUCUAAGAUGGCAUCUUAUAGCAACCGCUAUCUGGAAGAGUCCCAUCUUCUUUCAUAUCUCUAA